UACAGUCACAGAAACCACCAAACGAAUGCGUAAACCGACACGACUGUGAUUUUCCCAACCAAGAAGAAGAAGAAGCUCUAAUACCUCCAUCGUCUGAUGCAAUUCUCCGCCGGUUCAGAGGUUUUCCGAUCGAGAGCUAUGGCUUCCUGCGGCCUCCUGACAUCUCCGUCGCCUCCGUCUCUCUCUCCUCGCCGGCGGUUCUGUAGUUUUUCUCGGAUUCACCGCUCUUCCGCGUCGGUGGCCCGGAACUCGCGUGUUCCGGGAAGAAUCUGGUGUAGCUACGAAGACAACGACAAGGAUCGGCCUCAAUCUACUGGAAUUCAGGUCUAUGGCGAGAUUGAGAGGUUGCUUACUGACACUGUGAGGCAAUCUCAAGGUACCUGGGGUGGAUCCUCUGACUGGUCUGAAGUUGAGGGAUCAUGGGUGCUCAAACCACGAAACUCGAAACCGAAGAUGGUUGUUCAUUUUAUCGGCGGUAUAUUUGUCGGUGCGGCUCCCCAGCUUACAUAUCGUUUGUUUCUUGAGAGACUUGCAGAGAAGGAUAUUCUGGUGAUUGCUACGCCUUAUCCUAGUGGCUUCGACCACUUCUUUAUUGCAGACGAAGUACAGUUUAAGUUCGAUAGAUGCUGUCGCGCUCUGCAAGAAACGGUGCAGGAUCUUCCUUCCUUUGGAGUAGGCCAUUCUUUGGGAUCUGUCAUUCACCUUUUGAUCGGAUCAAGGUAUGCUGUUCAGCGAAGUGGGAAUGUAUUAAUGGCAUUCAACAACAAGGAAGCAAGCUUAGCUAUUCCUUUGUUUUCACCUGUUCUUGUUCCAAUGGCUCAAAGCCUUGGACCACUCUUAUCACAGAUAGCAACCUCCCCAACAGUCCGCCGUGGAGCAGAGAUGACUCUGAAGCAACUAGAAAACCUUAGCCCUCCGAUCAUGAAGCAAAUUCUGCCACUAAUGGAACAGCUCCCUCCUUUGUACAUGGACUUGGUCAAUGGAAGAGAAGAUUUCAUUCCGAAACCUGAAGAAACCAGACGCCUUAUAAAAUCCUACUAUGGAGUCUCGAGGAAUCUGUUGAUAAAGUUCAAGGAUGACACAAUAGACGAAACGUCAACACUUGCUCAGGUGCUUAGCGCAGAAUCAUCGAUAAGCUCGAAGCUUGACAUGUCUAUCCGUUCGUUGCCAGGGGAUCAUGGUCUUCCUCUUCAACAGGCGCUACCAGAUGUUCCACCGGCAAUGGCGGAUGCGGUGAACAGAGGGAGCGAACUAUUGGCGAGCAUGGCGGCAGGAACGCCUUGGGAAUCAGUUGCCAAAGAGGUCGGCGAUUCACUUGGGAUGGACCCAACUUUCCUUCGCGCCGACAGGUCCAAGGAGCUUCACCAACUCGUCGAUUCUCUCUCUUCAUGGAUGGCUUCUAGCGCUGAUCCCACUCCAAAACUCUUAAAAAAGCCCAUAAAAUAACAAUGUAUGCAAAGGAAAAAAAUUAUCUCCUGAUAAAAACACAGGAAAGUAUGCAUACAUAUAUACACGCACAUAUAUGUA